AUGGUGCUGAUAUCAACAAUAACAAUCUGUCUAACCCAUUUCCUCCCACUGGUGCUCUCAUUCCAACUAAUUUCUCAAUCCCUUUAUGAUGACUUGGUUGCCUAUGCUCAUCUAAUGGAUAUAGCUUAUUGUAUUUCUCAUAUAUCCAAGAUCCAACCACCAUUCCAAUGUGAUAAUGACUGUUCAGAUUUCCCACAAACUCAAGUUAUUCAACAAUGGACAUCUGAUGAAUUUACACUAUCAUCUUCAAAUUUCCCCACAACUGGGUAUCUUGCAAUAAAUCAUGAUAUGAAACUGAUAAUCUUGGGACUCCGAGGUACGAGAUCUUUCAAAGAUACUAUAAUUGAUAUCAAUACAGAUAUGUUGUUAUUGAAUGAUGUUUGUGUUGGUUGUAAAAUUCAUAAAGGUUUUUAUUAUUCAUUUUUGAAAACUUGGAACAUUAUAUCAAUAGAGUUAGUUAACUUAAUUAAUCAAUACCCAGAUUAUAAAAUAUUAAUCAUGGGUCAUUCCCUUGGUGGUGCAAUUGCCUUAUUAUUGGGGAUGAAGACUCUUGAAUUUAAUAAAACUUUACUAGUCAUUACAAUGGGACAACCAAAAAUUGGUAAUCUGGUUUUAACAAGACAUUUGGAUCAAUUAUUUGGGAUAAAUACUGAUCAAUUCAAUCUUGAUGGGAAAUUAAUAAGAGUUACUCAUAAAAAUGAUCCAGUUGUUAAAUUACCAAUAAGUGAUAAUUAUUUCAUCUUUGAUAGGUAUUCUCAUUGUUCAAAUGAAGUUUUCAUUGAUGAAGAAUAUAAUCAUGGUGCUCUACCUGAUCUAAACAAUAUAUUACUUUGUGAUGGUGCUGAAGAUAUUCAAUGUUCAUACGGUAUGAGUUUUACAAGAGAUAACACUGAGCAUUUGGAUUAUUUUAGAACUAUGGGGAAAUGCGGAGUUUCAUUAAUAACAUAA